AUGGAUUUCCAGGGAUUCCUUAACGAUUUGCAGGAUUGGGAACUUUCUAGAAAGGAUAAAUCACAAACAAUGAAGUCACAAAAGGAAAAUCAAUUUGCAAAAGCUUCGUCUUCUCGACUUACUGGAUCCAUGGGUAUGGAGAAGGCAUCAAAAGCAGAUACUAAUUCUUUUGAUCGUGCGAGAAAUUCUCCAGGAUUGUAUGAUUUAUCAAAAUUUAAUGAUCCUUUCAAUCGUUUACAAAAUAGUUUUGUUCCUGAAGACGUUCCUGAUGCUGCUUCCGAGAAAGACCUGGGGAAUGAGUUUUUCAAGCAGAAGAAAUUUAAGGAAGCUACAGACUGCUAUUCAAGGAGCAUUGCCUUAUCACCAACAGCUGUAGCAUAUGCAAAUAGAGCAAUGGCCAAUAUCAAGCUCAGAAGAUUCCAAGAAGCUGAGGAUGACUGCACAGAGGCCUUAAAUCUUGAUGAUCGUUACAUAAAAGCAUACUCACGAAGAGCAACAGCUAGAAAAGAACUUGGAAAAAUUAAAGAAUCAAUGGAGGAUGCUGAAUUUGCCUUGAGGUUGGAACCAAACAAUCAAGAAAUAAAAAAACAGUAUGCUGAUGCUAAAUCUUUGUAUGAGAAAAAAGCAUCAGGAGCUCUGAGAAGCACUGUACAUGGAACUCAAAAAGUGGGAAAGUCAGAGGAAAAAGUAAACGGAGGCAUCUACCCCAUUUCACAUGGUACUCAAAAGUCCAUGCCAUCUGAAGUUAAUCAUAGAAAGGUUGCUGAGCAGCAAAUACCUGUCAAAGAAUCACUUGUAACAGAGGAGGUUGAUAGCAGAGAUACAAUAACCAGAAGCAGGCCUCAAGCACAAGAAGGUGAUGGUUCUAAGAAAGGUUUGAGUGCAAGCAACAGUUUGGAGCAGAGAAAUCACAGAAUUAAUAAGCAGGAAAUGAAAGCAUCUGUUCAACAGCUUGCUUCUCGAGCUGCUUCUAGAGCCAUGGCUGAAGCUGCCAAAAACAUAACACCACCAACCACUGCAUAUCAGUUUGAGGUCUCCUGGAGAGCAUUUUCAGGUGAUCUUGCUCUGCAGGCUCGUCUAUUAAAGGCAAUAUCUCCCCAUGAAUUACCAAAAAUAUUCAAAAAUGCCUUAUCUUCUACCCUACUGGUUGACAUCAUCAAGUGUCUUUCAUCUUUUUUCACUGAGGACAUGGAUCUAGUUAUCAGUUAUAUGGAGCAUUUGAUCAAAGUACCAAGAUUUGACAUGAUUGUUUUGUGCCUUUCAUCAAAAAAUAAGGAUGACAUACGCAAGAUCUGGGAUGAUGUCUUCAGAAGUGAGGCAACACCAAUUGAGUAUGCAGAGAUUCUGGACAACCUCAGAUCACAGUUCUGCCUUGGACAAUGA